AUGGGUAAUAAGCAAACGAUAUUUACUGAUGAACAGCUGGAUGCCUACCAGGAUUGCACAUUCUUCACUCGGAAGGAAAUCCUUAGGUUGCAUGGCCGAUACCAUGAAAUGGCACCAAACGUUGUGCCCAUGGACUAUACAAAGGACCCAGAUGUUAAACUACCUAUGCAGCUUAUAAUAAACAUGCCUGAGCUAAAGGAGAAUCCCUUCAAGGAAAGGAUUGUGGAAUCUUUCUCAGAAGAUGGAGAGGGGAGCCUCAGCUUCAAUGACUUUGUGGAUAUGUUCUCUGUGCUCAGUGAAAUGGCUCCCAGAGAGCUUAAAGCAAUCUAUGCCUUCAAGAUCUAUGAUUUUAACACAGACAACUUCAUUUGUAAAUCAGACUUGGAACAAACCCUCAAUAAGCUGACUCGAGAAGAGCUAACAGCAGAAGAGAUCACCCUGGUUUGUGAGAAAGUAAUAGAAGAAGCUGACAUGGAUGGUGAUGGGAAACUUGGAUUUGCAGAUUUUGAAAACAUGAUUUCCAAAGCACCAGACUUCCUCAGUACUUUCCACAUAAGAAUCUGAAGAUGUUUCUGUGAGCCAGUGUUAUCAGAAAUGACUUGCCAGUCCAGCCUUUCUGAAUCUCAGGCACUUUGGGGGCUUUUGUCCUCUAAUUAUGGCUUCUUAGAACUCAGCAGAAAGUACUGAAAUAAUUCUGGUCCACGGAGAGGCAGAUGCAUCAUGUGAUCCACAGGAUAUUUGUAACAGUCACAUUUUUAUCUCCACUGCUGGCCAAGCACUUUGGCGAGGAUCGUUGGUUGUUGGGUUGUGGGGUUUCUUUUUUUUUCCUCUCUCUUUUUUUAAACAGGCAGAAUCAGAAUAUUGUUAAAGGUGUUUCCACAUAGUUUUUAUAUUUAUGAAUAUUUAAUACUGCUCUUAAAAGUGCAAAAAAUUAAAAAAAGGACAGAAAGAUUAGCUUUGAUGGCU